AGAUAACAGCAAAGAAAUGCACUGUCCUAGGUCUUUUUAUACUGAUUUCUGAGAUCCAGAUUUGAAUCACUUGGGUUAUUUGGCACAGUGUGAUGAGAAAGCGUCUCUGUUGAUUGUCAUCUGGUGCAAAAGCACCAGCUCUGGCCAUUCCCACUGCAGAGAACAAGCAUCUCUCUAGUCCCAGGUGUUGUCCCCUACGCAUGUAUUUGCAGCCUUCAGCAGGCAUAGGAGCUCCAGCUGUUUUCCCCAGACCACAGUGUGCUGCUGGGAUGCAGGUACAAAUGUCGAUAAAUGUUUUGCCUGGUGUGGCCAGAUAACAGAGCAGAAAAUGCAGAACCCCUCCCUGUCUUUUGACUAUCAUUUCUGUGGUUUUGUUUGACAGAUCAACAUUUCUGUGUUAACAAUGAGGAUAAACACUUUGAAAUCUAGAGCACAAUAUGCAUUUGUUGUUACAGUGAUGUGGAAAAUAGAAGAUGCAUACUACUUGAGAGCUUUAUGCUUUCCUUGAGCGUUCUGAUGUUUUACUUUGUAGCAAGAGCUUUACCUGGUGAGUCCUUUUAUCUUCUUCCUCCCAACUGAGGAUAGCACUCUGUGAGGUAGCUGUGAAAAUUAAAGCAAAACCUGAGUUGCCAGUAGAUUUGGAGCAGAGGUCAGCAAGGAGAGUGUGUUAGGUGCUGGGGAAUCCCUCUGUAGAAAGGAAGAGAACUCAAGAUUUAGGGUCAGAGAUAACAAGAGAAGCAGUAGUGAACACCUACUGAUGGCUGUUAGUUAUGAAGGAGUGGAGACAGGCCCAUGACAAAUAUGAAGACCCUGUAAGAGAAGAAAGGUAGUACCUAGGACAUGAUCUGUUUCUUGGAGAGAGGGACCUGAGGGCAGUGUGACUGACCAGCCCUGCUCCUGAGAUGGCGUUUCCCUUGGUGUGGCAGGAGCACAAGAACACCUGUAGGCAGGAGGGGAGAGAUCAAAUGAAGGAAGUUUUAAGCAAUUAGAGAAAAGAAGGCAGAGAGAGAACCUCGUUGCUUUUUUCAUUCAUUGAGAAUGAAGAGGAAUAAGACUCAGUAGGACAAUGUUUUGUGAGAAGGUUGGUGAGCUUCUGGGCCCAUGAGGAGACUGUGACAGUGCAUUUGGUGGCAGCAGUAGCUUCUGGAGCUGAACAGGGCUGGUGCCUGCUGCAGCAGUAACAUACAUUCCAGCUUUUACAAUUAGGGAGACUGAAUUUUGUAAAGUUAGGAAGCUUGUUUUUUUGUAGUUGUAGCUGUGCAUUGACUGUCCAAGCCUCCCUGAGAUAAUCCAGCAGCAACAGCACAAGCUUCUUAGUUGAGCCAAAUGUUCAAAUGAGUCCAUGUGCAUUGUCAUAGCACAGUUAAUGCCACUGACAGUAACAGCAGUUAAUAUUGGGAUACAGGCAAACAUUCCAUCAAAAUAGACCAUGACAUCAUCUCACGCAUCCUGUAGAAGUCUUCAGGUUUGGAUACAUAUUUCUCUCUGGGUGAUUAAAGAAACAGCUUGAUUCAUCUCUAGGAAACACCCAGUGCCAAUAAAGAGGCUUCUUUGUAAUACUCCUAGAAAUGAGAUCGAAUGAGAUAAGAUCAGACUGGAACGACAUAGGUUUGGUGAAGGAAAUGGUGCCAGAAUGAACAAUAAGGAAAACAAACAGGUGAAUUCAGUAGGUGUGGAAGUUACAGGGCCUGCUGGGCCGGUCGCUGCUCAGUGAGCUGUGGAGGAACACGCCCAGAAGAAACCUUUCAUGCCCUCCAGGACUGCAGCCUGCCAGGCAUGACUUUAAUCUAGAAGGUGACAGCUACCCGUUAUGUGUACUUAGUAGGUCUGACAGUGCCCAGUGACUACAGAGCCUUUGCUGAAGAAGGAAGGAACUUUCCAGAGGCUGUCUGCAUGUGGAAACAAUCUUCUUCUGCACAGAAAAUGGGCCAGAAAAUAUCACAUGAAGACAACCAGGAGAGCAAGGCCGAAACUCUUGUUAUCCGUGAAGUCUUCAGCCAAGGUGUGGUCUAUGCAUCGCAAAGACUGAAGGACUACCUUGGGUUCACAGAUCCUCAGAGCAAAUUCCAGACAGCCACAGACACUCUGAACGAGAUCUUUCUGGUCAACUUCAUCAGCUUCUGUGUGGAAAAGGGAGUGGAGGAUCAUAUCACAACCAGCAAAACGACCAAGCAGCAAUCCUUGUUGUUUGGUGUGGACUGGAUCUGGACUCUGUUGGGAGUUGACAAGCAAAUCAAACUUCAGAUUGCUGUGCAGGCUCUGCAGCUGGCCGAACUUUUCCAUAGUGAAAGCAGCCCCACCAAGGCACUGGAUGACUGCUGCUGGGAAGCCACGCUGGCAGACGAGCAUUUCCAAAACAGGAGCAGGUUCGAGAAGCUGGCAGAGUUCUGCCACCUGGUGGGACAGGACUGCCUGGGCUUGUUCAUCGUGUUUAGUGUGCCAGGGAAGCCCAAGGACAUCCGCGGAGUCAUGCUAGACAGCAUUGCCAAGGAGAAGCAAAAAUGCUGCCUGUUGGGCAGGAAUGCUCUAAGGCAAUUUGUCAUGAGUACUGAGAGCUUCCUGUCCACAAAAGAGAUGUUGGAAAAGUGCCUCAGCACAAGAAAUGGACUGAAGGAGGUGGGCAAUGUGUACGUAAACUUUCUGUAAACCUUGUGUUAGCAGCAGCAGCUCUGAAUGCCUGAUGCAAAGGCUGUGUGGGCUGAGCUUGCCUCAUUUCCCAUCUUGCACGCCAUUCCUCCACCCCCUUAUUUCCCACUUUCCCCCUCUGCCCAGCACAUUCCUGUAGAUCCUGCAGUAGCCAAAGCUGAUUCAGUCUCUCCAGGUUUUAAAACAACAGGACGUACCUGCCAGAAAAUGUGUUUAUACAAGGCUCAUAAUUUUGCCAGAACAUUUUGUUCUCCAACUGUCAAGUAUUGGCUAAGGCUGAUGAAAGUUUUAUUGCCUGGAGCCUUGGGAGGUCUUAUUAGACUUGACUCAGCCUCUGUGCACUAUGUCUAUAGAGAAGGCAGACUGUUUUUUAAACAGGAGGAUGAGUCUGUAAUAAAGAAAAUGUGUUGUUACUAGUCAUAAAAGUUGCAGUGAGUUUGGAGGACAACACGAGGACUUCAAAACACUCUUUUGGAAGAGUGGAGCUGGUUCUCAGUUAGAAGGAGGAGGAAAAGCCCUUCCCUGGGAUAGAAAUGGGCUAUAUGAAGAAGCUAUUAAUCACCUGCCUGUUGGAAGUAAAUCAGUGCCUUGCUAUGGAUUCAGGGACAGGAGCGCCUCAGUGCUGUGAGCCACUGUGAAAUGCAUGGGCAGGGUUGGUCCCAGCUGCAAAUCCUGUUCUUGCUAAGCAGCUGUGUCAGGUCAAGGUGUGGCAAAAGGCAGUGGCAAUUGUUAAAGAAAAUGUGGGAAAAUUAACAAAUGGGGACAAAGAUCCAGCACUGGGGAUGCUGAUGGGAGUUUUCGUCUUUCAAAACUGCAGAGGUGAGCUCCUGACCACUCAUGGCAGCGAGCAGCAGUCUGGAAGGGGCAGAAGUGCUUUGCUUUGUCUUUGUUUUCAGUAUCUUAGCAGCUAAUAGUAUUUAUGUACUGAUUUAUUCAAUUUUCCUCAGGUUUUAUUAGACAGCACUUCGGGUUGCACGGUUGUAGUUACUUUCUUUCAGCCACUGUUAACCAGUGAAAGGAAGAAUUAAUCCAGUUUCAAACUCACAAACCCACUGUGCUUGUAGGCCACUGUGGCACUGUAGUGACCAACUUUUGUAUAUGGGAGUAGUUUUGUAAGCAUCACCCUCCUCUUCAUGUGGCUUUCCUUAUAAUUUAACAGAAUAAAAAUAAUUUCAACAAUCUUAUUUUUUGCUAUUUGAUGUUUGAGUUUUAAGAUGGGGAAGCUGCAACCUCUAAGAAAUAAAGGCUCUUAUUUACACAGUCAUAUAAAAAGAGCAUAAAGAAGCUUUGGCAGUAGUGCCAGAAGCUUUCCACAAGGUAAGUCUGAACUGACGCUGAAAAGUGAACUGAAACAAAACCAAACACACAGACAUCAGUGAAAUUUUUGCUAUGUCACAAAGGUAGCUAGGCUGGGGAAGGGAGGCUUUUUAAACUAGCUCAUUGAAAUACAGUUGCUUUUUAUAGAGCUGGCUGCAUUGUAAUUUUUGUGCAUAACAGGGGUUUGAUAAGACAGAGAGGAUAAUUCUGGUAUUAUAUUAGAUUUUACAAAGAAAAUGUGCAUAGUUACAGGGCUGUGCAGUGAGAGCAAGGUCUAGGACCAUUCAGGAUGGUUUCUGGUUUUGUGUGUUUAAAUUAACAGCAUGAGCAGUACUGUAGCUGGAUUGAUUGUUUUAUAAAAGGCCAGCAGAAAAGCUUUAUUUUUGCUUUAAAUUAUGUUGCAGCUUGUGGUUUUUAGGGCAUUGUCUUGUAAUAAAAUCAGUUCCAUAGGAAUGCUGUCUUGGCAAACAUUGUGUUUUCUUCCUUUGGAUGUUUUGCAUACCUUUUUGGAGUUGGAAAAGGAAAAUAAAUCCAAAUGAUUUGCAUGUAUAGAUUUUGAACUAUGAAAAUUAGACACUGAGGCAGUUGACCAUUUAAUUUGACUCCUCCAGAGGUGCUCUGGUACCUCAAGUAAGCAAGACUCAGGUAAGUCUUGAGGUACCAGAGCUGCUUAAGCUGCCUUGAUACUUAUUCUGGGAUCCAGGUUAGAUUUUCCAGGG